GCAAUUUGUAAGGGUGGAGCAAGCAACUAAUAAGUAGGUUGACUAGUAGGCUAUACACUAUGUGUUAACUAAUAAAACGAUGUGAAAUAAUUACUAGUAUGGACACAGUCUUUCUAAAUGGGUAUCGACACAGUAUAUUUUAUCGACAUUUUGCUAACUGGAUAGUGCACAUUUUCACCACGGAACGGCAGCAAAUCGCACUGGAAGGCAGGACUGAGGAUAUGUAAUGAGGACAUUACGUGAAAGCAGCAAGCCUCAAGUCUAAAGAUGAGGACGUGGGUACAGAAGAAGCUAAAAAUAAGUUAAAAACUCAGAUAAGGAUCUUCAUGAGACAGUUUGGAUGUGUAUUAAUUGUGCAGUAAAGUGACGCGCAACAGUGAGUUGUGCAUAGACGGGAAAAGCCAUGCCUUUGGUGGAAUUCGCUGCAGGAUGCGUUUCAGGUGGUGUUGGAUUGGCUGUUGGCCAUCCAAUAGACACAAUGAAGGUGCGUCUGCAGACCCAGAGUAAAUAUAAAGGGAUUCUUGAUUGCAUAACAAGGACCUACUCUCGUGAAGGGAUCCAUGGGUUCUUCAAAGGCAUGGCCUUUCCGGUCCUGACCACUGGCAUCACCAACUCUGUGGUGUUUGGCUCCUAUAGCAACGCUUUAGACUACCUCACUCACUCCCAGGGCAACGAGAGGAGCAAAGGCAACAACGCCUCUGCGGCAGCUGUGUUCGCGGCCGGGUGCUUCUCUGGUGCGACGCAGGUGUUGGUCACAGCGCCCGUUGACCUGGUGAAGGUACGCCUGCAGACGCAGACCCAGGAGGGAGGCCGAUACAGGGGCCCCGUCCACUGUGCCGCGGUGAUCCUGAGAGCGGACGGGCUGAGGGGCCUGUUCCGGGGAGGCUUUGCCCUGGCCUUGAGGGACGUGCCCUGCUACGGACUGUACUUCCUGCCCUACGAGAUGACAUGCAGGGCCCUGACUGAGAGCGGAAAGCAACCGGGUACGUUCGCAGUGUUGAUGGCGGGCGGGCUGGCGGGCGUGGUCACAUGGGCCUUCGCCACCCCCAUGGACGUGGUGAAAGCCCGUCUGCAGAUGUCGGGCGCUGGGGGCCAGGAGUAUGACGGGGUCCUUCACUGCAUGCGUGUCAGCCUGCGAGAGGAGGGACCCAGGGUGUUCUUCAAAGGCCUGCUGCUCAACAGCCUGAGAGCCUUCCCUGUCAACGCUGUCACCUUCCUCAGCUACGAGAGCCUCAUGCGGUCCUUCACCUCCCUGCCAGCUGACUGACCCGCAAGGACAGCAGGGUUUCCCACAGCACUUUUCAUUUACUGCGGCCGCCUAAGCAACACACGCCCGCCGCCUUAACUACGUAGUCCCAA